AUGGACGAGUGGACUGAUGGCUGUUCUGCCCAGUACAAGAGUCGUCACUGUAUGGUGGAUAUUUCCUUUUCCAACUCAGACUUUGGCUACAGAACGAUUCGCAAUUACUUUGAAACGUCACACGCUAAAGGUCCGCAAGAUGGCGCAGGGGCUAAUUUAAGACAUAAGGCAGACAUGGCAGUUAUUAAGGGGCAGGGAGUUAUGCAAAAGGCGGAAGACCUUUAUAAUUUUGCUCAAAAUAACCUUAAGACUCCGUCUCCUUCACGCUACCAGUCCGAAUACGUGCAACUUAAAAGGCGAAUUUUUUUCUUUGUGGAGAAAGUCAAUCCUGAUCCUGGGGAAGAAUAUUACUUACUUAAAAUGACUGGAAAUGGCCCAGAGCAUCUCCGAAAAAGGGUUAAGGAUGACUGGGGCAUGUGCUUUCCACCAGGAGCUGAAGUAGUAAGGGGCCACUUCUUGAUAAGACGACAAGAAGAUCCCUCUCUUCAUUCCUACUGUAUAGAGAAAGGAAACUGACGGUCGUUUAUGCGGCUACUGCGCGCUACACCUGCCCUGAACUUGAAACUCAGAUAAGCAACGACAGGGAAAUAAUUGAACUGUCCGAACAAAUACAUCUUGAUAUUCUUGAAUCACUAAAUGGAUUC